UUAUCCCGGAAGUUGCAUGUGGUGGUGGUCGCCGCGCUAUCCAUUUAGUCAAUAUUUAAUUACAUUGAUCGAAAUGGACAGAAAACUUGUGCAACAAGGAGCUGAAGCAAGGCUGUAUAGCGGCUCGUUUUAUGGACGACCAUGUAUGGUUAAGGAACGAUUUUCAAAGUCUUACCGACACCCAACUCUGGAUAAGUCUCUGACUAGUCAGAGAAUUAAGGGCGAAGUUCGAGCUAUGUUGCGAUGUAGAACACAUGGCAUUCCCACACCGACUGUAUACAUGGUGGAUCAGGAAUCUAGCAGCAUCUACAUGGAGCUGAUAGAAGACUCCAUGACAGUCCGGCAACACAUUGCAGACACACAGCAGCAGUACCCUGAGGAUGCUGUGGAGAGACUGCAACCAAUAGCUGCUGAGAUAGGAAAACUACUUGGGAAGAUGCACAGCAAUAACAUUGUUCAUGGAGACCUGACAACAUCAAACAUGCUUCUGAAGGGCUGGGUUGACGAAAGACCUGUAAUUGUACUUAUUGACUUUGGUCUCAGUCAUUUUGAAAAUCUUGCUGAAGAUAAAGGUGUGGAUUUGUAUGUACUAGAGAGAGCUCUGCUCAGCACACAUCCUGGCACUGAGGACUUGUUUGACACUGUCCUGAAAUAUUAUUCCGCGACAAAUAAAAAAGAGGCUGUCGAGGUCAUGAAAAAGUUGGAAGAAGUUCGGAUGAGGGGCCGGAAGCGGACCAUGGUUGGAUAAAUGUCAAGAUAUGUUUGAACAAUAUCGAUUAUUCUAAAAUUCUUGUAUGUAUAAAGUUACAAAGCUUUGUUAGUGGUAUGUCAUUGAGAUCAGUGUAUGUGAAAUCUUGAUAAAGAUGCUGUGGUUGUGAGUCGUUUAUUCCACCAAUAUGAGUAAAUAAUGUUUGUAUCCCCUGAA